AUGCAUCACCGACAGCGGCUCUCGCUCCACAUUCCCGGCUCCCCGCCCGGCGCCUUGCCGGAAGCGACUUACACGCCCUCGAGCGACCGACGGCGCUCGCUCAUCAGCCUGCCCGACAGCCUCAGUCGCAGGCCCCUCGACAACACCAAUCACAGCCCCCGGAAGCCGUCCCGGACCAAGCUCCAGAGAUUCUGGCCCGGCGCCAGGAGCCCGACCGCGCACGGCCCGGCCAAGGACCACACCGCGACGCACGACCUGUCGACGCUCAUCCUGCUGGCCGGCGAGCAGAUGGGCAUGCUGGCGGAUCCUCGCCGGAAAACAGCAUCGUGGCCGCCCGCCCCGCCCCGACCAGACGACCCCAUUCUUCAGCGCGAUCUGGAAAGGACGCUGCCUGCGAGCGCAACGGCCCUCGCGCAACGGGGCAGCAGCCGCAGCAUCCAGCGGAAACCGCUGCCGGCGAAUGCCGUGCCGCGGCGUGUGCCCGCACCGUGUCGUGCACCGCCGCCGCCGCCGAUUCCCGAGCUGUUCGCCGUCGACUACCGGUCCGAGGACGUGGCGCAUUCACCACCCAUGACGCCGGCGUUUGCGUCGACAGUGCGACGCCGCGCCAAGACGCCCGUACACCGCAUCGGUCAGCUGGAGGCGGCGGCGGCGGCGCGGAAGACGGGCACGCACCACCGCGGCAACAUGGAGGGCAUCAACCGCAUGUCGAGUGUGAGCACCAUUGCGCGCGAAUACCGGGCGCUGGCGGUGUACGAGGACACGGAUGUGCCCGACGUGCCCAGGACCGACCCUUUGCAUCUGCGGCGGCAGGACAGUGCCGAGCUGCCGACCGCGCACAACGCCGAGGCCCUUCUGCUCGGCGCCUCCUACCGCGGCCACUACCGCACGUCGUCGUCCCCGUCCGCCGACGGCACGCUGCUGGGCUCGGACGGCAGCAGCUGCCCGUCCCUGACACGCGCGAGCUCGCCACCCGCCGAUGACGACGACGACGACGACGGCGAGCCGCCGGCGCCGGCGUCGCUGCGCUUCCAAAUCGGCCUCGAGCUGCUGACCAGGGAGCUGUCGACGGCGUUUGCCGACCAGUCCGGCCACCAGCGCAAGACGGGCAGCGCUUCCGCCGGACUGCAGAUUUGGGUCAUGAUUGAGGCGUACGAGAGACUCCGCGAGCAGCUCGUGCUCACAGAGGACAACAGGCAGGCACGAGAGGCGAUUGAGUCUUGGAUUUGCGCGCUGCGCGCUCUUCACGGCACUGUGGCGAGUGAGGUGGCAGCGGACGAGAGUGACUACGAGAAUGAAUAA